GAAUUUAAUCUAUAGCUGGAGCCGGAGCCUCUGUUUUCUAGGUGUCCGUGUGAAGUGUUAUCCGGACGGAUCUGUGGUUGGAGUGGAGCGGCCAGCAGCGCGGGGACUUGGAGGUAUGAAAUUAAGUGGUGAAGGUUUCAUUGUUUAUCAGAGGGACCCACUAGCAUGCUUUUCAAUUUGAAAUUUAUGGAUGUUACAGGAUGAAACGUCUCAGGUCCUUAAGCAGCAGCGACAGUUCUGACAAUGAGAGUCCCUCAACCUCCUUCUGCUCGUCCAACAAGUAUGGCAGUAAACCUGGAACCCCCGCCUCCAACCCGAAGAAACCAGCUGAAGUGUUCAGAAAAGACCUGAUCAGUGCCAUGAAGCUGCCAGACUCCCACCAUGUCUCCCCAGAGGACUACUACCUGCUGGCAGACACCUGGAAGCAGGAGUGGGAGAAGGGAGUCCAGGUGCCAGCAAGUCCAGAAACCAUCCCAGAGCCGUCAGUCAGAAUUAUUGCGGAGAAGUCCAAGGAAGUCCUGUACAGCCACCAGAGGAAGUACAUUCAGUGCUCUUGCCAGGAGUCGACCGAACCGGGUUAUGUAAACAUCAAAGAGCUGGCAGAGGCCAUGUGUCGCUACGAUCUGGACGACAUGGACCUCUACUGGCUGCACGCGCUCAACCGAGAGCUGGACCGCAUGGGGGAGGAGCCCAUAGACGAGCUAACAAUGGAGCGCGCCAUGGAAGCCCUGGAGAGGCAGUGCCAUGACAACAUGAACCACGCCAUCGAGACGGUGGAGGGUCUGGGGAUCGAGUACGACGAGGACGUUAUCUGCGACGUGUGCCGCUCCCCCGACAGCGAGGAAGGGAAUGACAUGGUGUUCUGUGACAAGUGCAACAUCUGCGUCCACCAGGCCUGCUACGGCAUAGUCAAAGUGCCUGUAGGAAACUGGCUGUGCAGGACGUGUGUGCUCGGCCUCGACCCGCAGUGCCUCCUGUGUCCCCAGAAGGGCGGCGCCAUGAAGGCUACACGUGAAGGCACCAAAUGGGCACAUGUCAGCUGUGCCCUGUGGAUACCGGAGGUGAGCAUCGCCUGUCCUGAGAGGAUGGAGCCCAUCACCAAAGUCUCCCACAUCCCACCCAGCCGCUGGUCUCUCAUCUGCAGUCUGUGUAAACUGAAGACAGGUGCAUGUAUCCAGUGCUCUGUAAAGAACUGCACCACUCCUUUCCAUGUGACAUGUGCCUUUGAGCACAGCCUGGAGAUGAAGACCAUCUUGGACGAAGGGGAUGAAGUCAAGUUCAAGUCUUACUGCCUCAAGCACAGCAAAUCUAAAGCCGGGGAGGCGAGCCUGAGCCCGGCUCGCUCCAAACCCCCCGGUGAGGCGGGGAAGGUGGGCCAGCGGGCACAGAGACUGCAGGAGCUGGAGGAGGAGUUCUACACUCUAAUCCAGCUGGAGGAGUUGGCCCGGGCCCUCGGGCUCUCAGAGCGCUUAGCGGACUUCAUCUAUCAGUACUGGAAGCUGAAGAGGAAAAGUAACUUUAACAAAGCUCUGCUGCCCCCUAAAGAGGACGAGGAGAACCUGGUGCUGCAGCCUCAGGAGGACAGCAUCCACACACGCAUGCGGAUGUUCAUGCACCUGCGUCAGGAUUUGGAGAGGGUGAGGAAUCUGUGUUACAUGGUGAGUCGGCGGGAGAAGCUGAAGCUGUUGCAGAGUAAAGCCCAGGAGCAGAUGUUCAACUUGCACGUGCAGCUCAUGAACCAGGAACUGUCUGCUGGCCUUCCUGUUUCAUUCCCAGUGGAGAAUAUGCUGUUUCGUCCUCCUCCACGGAUAACUCUGAAGCUGAAAAUGCCCAAAGUCUCAAAUCUUGGAAAUGGAAAUCCCAAAUCUGGUAAUGGGCCGCUCUGUCCGGACAAUAGUGGGAAUGUUGCUGAACAUGCGGGUGAAGGGCUGGGUCAGGGGAAGCCUCAGCUGCACGGUCGUGGUCGGAGAGAGGAGCGCUCCAACGGCCGUCUGGCUUCCUCAAGCCACUCGAACAGCCCGGCGCUGCCUGUUAAACCCACUGGCAAACCUUUAGCCCUGCACGCCGCGCUCCACGGCCACUCGUCCAACAGUAACGGCAAACUGGACCAAGACCGAGCGUGCGUGGCCAAAUCUAAAAGUCUCUUAGAGAAGUUUGUGGCUCAGAAGGACAGUUCUUGCCAGACACCCAGUGACCAGGACGCUUCUAAUGAAGCUUUGGACAAGAGCAGCUUUCGUAAGUCUGCCAUGGAGCACUUCGGCAGGUCAUUCAAAGAGGCGACCAUUAACUUGGUACGGACCACGGAGGACCUGCGGGCCUCCGACAAACUGUCCCGCAAGGGCUCGGCCAAGGAGAGACUAUGGGCCAAACCGGUGUCUGAGCACAAAGUGAAAAGCGCGCGGUCGUACCAGGACAGUGACGGAUACUGUCCCGACCUGGAGCUCAGUGACUCAGAGCCAGAGGCCAAAGGAAGGCACCGGCGGCAGGUCGGGCUGCCGCAGCCAGACGCUCCGAGGAAAGGAGUCAGUCGUGGGAAACAGUCGCUGGGCUCCAGAGACCCCAUGCAAAGGUGACAGCUGUAUUUUUGUUGUUUUUUUUUUUUCUUUCCACUCCACUCACUGCCACUGUUCUCUCCUGACGCUCUGGCAGUCUUCCUAAGUGCCAGGCUGUCUCUCUGAACACACCUCCGUCAGGGACCAGACCCCAGACCCCAGACCCCGUGCUAAUGGUGCUGUAUACAUGAAGCGGAAGAUACAUGUGAAGGGUGUUGUCGUCGACAUCAUCACCCAGAAGGAUUAAGGACCAAGUGUGUAACCCUGUCAGUGCUGGUUUGAGGGGAACAAAGCUGUCAG